UUCAAGAAUUCACCAUGGUUGACAAAAUGUACAUCAGUUACAACAACGUCCACAAGCUCUGCAAGGCAGGUGCUGAGGAGUUUUUGAAACAGGUCGGGAAGCCGGAUGUGAUCAUCGCCAUUGGUGGCGGUGGAUUUAUCCCUGCUAGAAUUAUCAGAACUUUCCUGAGAAGUCCUGGAGAAAAAAACAUUCCUAUCCAAGCCAUUGGGCUAUCGUUGUAUGAGGACAUGGGAACUGGAACUGACGACAAAAUUGGUAAAGAAGUGAUCAGAACCCAGUGGCUCGACUUUGGUGCUCUGUCGCAGCAUUUUGACUCUCUGAUUGGAAAGAAUAUCCUGAUUGUGGACGAAGUUGACGAUACCAGAACUACUCUGCACUAUGCUGUUUCUGAGCUGUAUAAGGACGUCAAAGAAAUCGCUGAAAAACUGGGCCGCACCUCUGAAAAAACCAGAUUCUCUAUUUUCGUGCUACACAACAAACUGAAGGAGAAGAGAGCCCAAAUCGACGAGGACAAGAUGGGCGGCGGAAAGUAUUUUGUCGGAAAGGACGUGCCAGACGUCUGGAUCGCGUAUCCGUGGGAAUCGGCCGACAUUGAUACCCAUACCCAGCAUGCUGUUGAGCAAGGAAACAUUUAAUAGAGAGAUACAUUCUUUUAAUUAUUGGCAGC